CGCGCAAAGUUUCGGUGAGGGUCGAUAUGGCUAUGGUGGCGUGGAGAAACCCCGAGGGCGUCGGGGACACUCAGGGGACCCUGUCCUCCCCCGUGUCCCAGGUGGCACCUCUGUCUCUGCCCGGGGAGCUGACGGGACACAUGAACCCGGCCUCCUCUCUGGAAGUACCUCCGGCGGCAGCGGCACCCCAGGGCGCACCGCCGCCCAAUCCGUCCAGCACCGCCACCGCGACCAGCACCACCAACAAUAACAACAACACCUCCUCCUCCUCCUCCUCUUCCUCGUCCAUGGACAAGCAGCAGAGCCAACAGAUCGAGUGCAUCGUGUGCGGGGAUAAAUCCAGCGGGAAGCACUACGGACAGUUCACAUGUGAGGGAUGUAAGAGCUUCUUCAAACGCAGUGUCAGGCGGAACCUGACCUACACCUGCAGGGCCAACAGGAACUGUCCCGUAGACCAGCACCACCGCAACCAGUGCCAGUACUGCCGCCUCAAGAAAUGCCUCAAAGUCGGCAUGAGAAGGGAAGUGCUGUUUUUCGUCGCAGCUGUCCAAAGAGGCAGACUUCCCACCCAGUCUUAUCACGGCCAGUUUGCUCUGACGAACGGAGACCCUCUGCAAUGCCAUUCCUACCUGUCGGGAUACAUCUCUCUCCUGCUGCGGGCCGAGCCCUACCCGACCUCCAGGUUCGGCUCGCAGUGCCUGCAGAACAACAACAUCAUGGGCAUCGAGAACAUCUGUGAGCUGGCGGCCCGCAUGCUCUUCAGCGCAGUGGAGUGGGCCCGCAACAUCCCUUUCUUCCCGGACCUGCAGGUAGCGGACCAGGUGGCCCUGCUGCGCCUCACCUGGAGCGAACUGUUCGUGCUGAACGCCGCCCAGUGCUCCAUGCCCGUCCACGUCGCCCCGCUGCUGGCCGCCGCCGGCCUCCACGCCUCCCCGAUGUCUGCGGACCGGGUAGUGGCCUUCAUGGACCACAUCCGGGUCUUCCAGGAGCAGGUGGAGAAGCUCAAGGUGCUGCACGUGGAUUCGGCAGAGUACAGCUGCAUCAAGGCCAUCGUGCUGUUCACCACAGAUGCUUGUGGUCUGUCGGAUGUGGCCCAUGUGGAGGGUCUGCAGGAGAAAUCCCAGUGUGCUUUAGAGGAGUAUGUGAGGAGCCAGUAUCCCAACCAGCCUAACAGGUUUGGGAAGCUGCUGCUCCGCUUGCCUUCCCUCCGCACCGUCUCCUCUUCUGUCAUAGAGCAGCUUUUCUUCGUCCGUCUGGUGGGGAAAACCCCCAUAGAAACUCUGAUAAGGGACAUGCUGCUGUCGGGGAGUAGCUUCAACUGGCCUUACAUGCCUAUUCAAUAGAGGAGAAAGCUGCAGCGGUGCUGCAAAGGUCAGGAAAGGUCUCACACCUCACAUCAAGUCAUGUCAGCUACUGCAGCUUAAAAUGUCUGUUGCUUUGAACAAGGAAAAAAAAAACUUCCAGUGGACUGAGAUAAUUACAGAAAUGUUCAAGUUAAAAAAUGUGUUUAGUUUCCCCAUUUUCUUGAUACCAGAGGAGUGAUCUGCCUUAUUCUGCGUUUCGUUUCCUACGUUUCUGGAAAGGUCCCAGAAAAAAAUGAACCAUUUGGGCAACGAGGAACGAUCUGACCCCACUGGCAGAAUUUUUUACUUGUUCAAAUUAAGAGAAACAAUAUUUCAUGGGAUGAAAUGACUGGUUAUGAUGGACAUUUUUUACAGCGUGGUGACCACUCACCAUCUAUGGUUUUUGGGAUAACAAACAAUAUUUAUUGGACCCUGUGUGUAUAUU